ACGCAAUCCAUCCUCGCAACGGCAACCAUGACCUCCGAAACGAUAAUCACAGACCCGUCACUGCUGGCCGUGCUCGAAGCGGCCGACCUCGCGCGCCAACAAUGCGACGAGCUGCUCUCGCUGCUAGCCGCACACCCGCGCAGCAAGGCAACGGACAAGCUGCCCAGCGACGUCGAAGCGGCGGUAUCGACCGCGCAAAAAACGCUGCACGCGCACCUGGCCCACGUGCGCAACCUGAACCGCAAAGCGCUGCACGGGGUGCGAGCGACGAAGGCCGCAACCGCCGACGCCCGCCACGAAGUCGACACGCUGCACCUCCAGCUGCAGAACCUGUACUACGAGGAGCGGCACCUGCAGGGCGAGAUCGCGGCGUGCGAGGCCUACGACCACCCCUACCAGCGCUUGCCCCUCCUCCCUGUCGACGACUUCUGCGCCGCGUUCCCGGAUAUUGCGAAUGAGGUCGCCGGGGAUGAGGAUGCGCUUAUGGUUGCGCGCAUCGAUCACGAGCAUAAGGAGCGCAUGGCGCUGGAGGAGAAGAGGCAGGGCCUCCUGAAGAGGAAGCAGGGCCUUAUUGCCGAGAAUAAGAAGCGCAAGGAGGACUUGGCCAAUCUGGAUAAGGACUUGGAGAAGUUUAUCGAAGCGGCGCGGCCGAUAGAGCAGACGUUCCAGAAGGAGUAUUAAUGGCUUGGGGAUGGGCGGUUUGUGCAUAGCGAGGCGUUCGUGGGAGCUGGGGACUCGGGGCAUCAAAAAGCUUCUAGGGGUUGAUAGGUUUUAAAAGAUGGGACACGAUAAUGGCCGCCGACAGGUGUCUACGAGGCGAUGGUAGGUAUACUAAGCAAUUGAUUUAACGACUAC